GAGGUGCUUGAAAUGCACAGUAUUGAUGUCUGUUGUGCCUGAAAGCUAGCUCUCUCCUUAAUGCUGUAAACAGUUACAACAGACAAUUGGCUAACAGCAAUUCUUUGCUUCAAUGCCAAUAAUCUUUCCAGUUUUGCUAACAUAAUCAGUAGAUGUAUCCUAUCAAUAUUUAUACUAACAUCUAACUAGGAUUAGUUGAGUUGAUAUUCAAGGUGUCCAGUGAUGCUGCUGGAGGUCAGGAUUGAAACUGAGCUAUCUGUUGAGUGUAGCAUACAAUGUAACUGUAUUUAGCUGAUGUAAAUAAAAUAUUUUUGGGUUU